AUGAGUUCAAUUUCAUCUAACUGCCGCUGUGGCCCAGGCUUGGGUAGAGAGAGAGAGAGAGAGAGAGAGAGAGAGAGAGAGAGCUGCACGACGGGAGAAAAAAUAAUCCUCCCCACCUCAUCCGAAAAGACCUAG